AUGCAAAAAUCGAACAAGAGGCAUGCAGUGGCUAGUGUAUUCACAUUUGGUGUAAUAAUUGCACUUACACUCGCUGAAGUAUUAGCAAAAAAAGAUAAAACAAGCACAACUAACAAUGUAAUGAUUACAGUACAGCCCAGUCAAAUUAGCAUGUUUAUAUGGCUCGCAAUUUCAAAGUUUGUUAAGCUUUCCAGUGACAUAUGUGAGUGUUUUAUCGCAUAUAACAGCAUUAUACUAGCACUUAUUUCUAGAGAAGGAUACAUUUCUAUGGUGGCAUGGUCCAUACAGAUGGUCAUGCACUUUAUAUUCUGCAAAGACUAUAAGAAGAACUAUAACAAUCUUUCAUCCUCAUAUAAGAAAGAGUUGAAUGUUUUAUAUGGGGAUGUAGAACCAUCUGGUACCAAAAAAGAGGAGGCCGCAGAAGAGAUAGUAGAUGAGUAUGAAAUUGCGUUUACAAACAGAAAAAUACCAAGUGAAUCUCUUCUACCUUCCGAGUUGACUGAAGAACAGAGCAUGGAUCCGGACUUAGAAAAGUCUUCAGAAAUCGGAUUUAUAUCUUCUGGAUUAAUGGUAAUUAUCAAAUAUAUAAUGCAGGGGGUAUUUUGCAUAGCACUGCUUAAGUCUGUAGUAUUUCUAGCCAGUUCUAUCUUUAUUAUAACUGACAUGCAGAUUCUAAACCAUGCUAUGAUAGAUUCUAUAUACACCUAUGUUCCAUACGGAGAAGCACUGAUUAGUGGCACAAAAUCAAUGCUUAUGGCUCUGCACGGGCCCACAGGAACUCUGCUGACAGGUAGUCUUGUUUUCUUUGGUAAAGCAAUGGAGGAGUACUACAAAAUAUUUGAGUCAAAUGAUGAAGUUGAGAGAUCAGAAAAUCUGCAUAAAAAAAACUGGUCAUAUGGGGCAUAUUUGUGUAUAAAGUCCUUUUUCCUGUUCCUCAUCAUUAAGUAUAGAGCAUACGCUUUAAUUGCAUUUGUGGACCAGCUCGUGUGGAUGAUUCUAUCAAAGUCAUUCUGCGAUAAAAUAAUUCGCCUUAUCAAAGGAGCAGACUUGAAUGUAUCUGAAUUUAGAGAAAAGCAGCAUAAGCGCCAAAGCCACUCAUGGCAGAAGAAGAUUGCAAAUGUAAUACGGCUGAUUGGGGUGGUGGUGUCUAUUUCCUUCCUGUUCUACAUCAUUGCGUCAUUUUUCGGGCUAAGCUUUGCCUCUUCGCUAGCACUGCCCAUAAAAAACAGCACACUGGGCACAGAAAUUCCAAAAAUUAAAGAACAACUAGUUAAUAGCACAGUGGUUUAGGGUCAACAGUCUGACAUUUAUAGGAAUAGAAUUGGCAUUCACCAAAUACCGCGCCUAUUGCAUAUUCAUAUAAUAUAAUCCAAAAUUGAAUAGCACCAUUCUGCAUACUCCAAACCCCACAAACAAAUAUUUAUUUCUGAUUAGAUACAGCUAAACAUGCAAAUUUAUAGCUGAAAAUGCCCAUCUGCAUAUAAAUAUAGAAGAAGCAAAAACACCCCACCAGUAUAAUACUAUAUAUGGCCUUAGAUACAUCUGGUUCUGAUUUUAAGGUGGGGAUUUCACAUAAUAGACUGCAUAUUUUGUCUAAUCAUAUACCCUUCCUGGCAUUUCCUUAUAAUUAUUGGUAUGGACUGGUACUGUUUUGCUAUAGAAA